UGGCGCAGGGCUUUGGUGUGAUUGUGUUCCAAUUUUUUACCAACUAGACUCCGCCUAUUAUUAUUUGCCUUUAUUAUUACAAAAUUCACGAGAAAAAUUACAAUAAUCAACUGCGUACAUUAAAAAUAACUUAUUCCAACAAUAUAUUUGAACAAAUUCAAAUAAAAUUGUCAUUAAAAGCUAUAAAAAUGUGAAAAAAUAAAAGCAGUAAUGAAAAAUUAAAAUCAACCAAGUUGAAAAGAAGGAAAGAAAAGAAAACGUCCAAGUGAGAGUGUUUUUCACCUGGCUUGAUAAGCCAUUAUUAGCAAAACCACCAAAAAGCAAAGCAAAAAACAAGCAGGAGAAUAAAACAAGAGGAAGAAAAUAAAUUUUAUCAUUGUUUUUAUUGUUGUUGUUGGUGGUGUUGGAGACCAACGUGAAACAAGUCUAAAGUAAAAGAGGGGCCAACUGAUGGUGGUGGUGAUGAUGAUGAUGAUUAUUGUGUGAACGACGACAACAACAACGAACAUGCUUGUGCAAGUGUAGUGGAGAGAAUUAUUUGUUAAAAAAAAUAAUUUUAUAAAAAAGUGUGUUUUGUAUGUUUCACGAAAAUGAAAAAAAUUAAACACAAAAUCAAGCUGGUUGAUUCAUUUGUAAAUUGAUUUCAAAUCACAAAGUUGUUAUUGUUUUAAAAGAAGAAAUAAUUUGUUUAAAAAUAAUAAUAAAUAAUUGAAAUAAAACGUAUUUUACUGGUGAUUUAAGAAAUUUAUACAUAAAUUUAUAAAAAUAAUAAAGUUGCAUAAAAAAUUUACGAAACAAAGCAAAUUUAAUACGUGCUACAUUUUAUAAACAUAUUUACGAGAAAGAAAGAUAAAAAACAACUUGUUAAAAUUUUGACCUAAAAGGAAAAAAAUAUAUAAAAUGUGUUUAACAAUGUUUUUUUGAGGAGUGCUAAAAAAAAGGAAAAUCGCCAACAAUAACAGCAGUAGCAACAACACAGUAAUCACAAUUAUAAAGUGAUCUUCAUUUGUAAUCAACUCCUUUGUAGUUGUUGUUAUAAUUUUUUAUUUUUAUUACAUAUAAUUAUUGUUGCUGUGUUUGCAAUUCCGUCAACUUUCAAUAAAAAUGGAAACAUUACUUAAAUGGUUAAAUAAGCCCAAGGCUGACGAUAAAUCCCUAUUGGCUCGGUUUUUUCAUGCAGAUCGUGCUCUAGCUGCGGUAGCUAGUGAAUUAGAUAGUUUCGAUGGUAGAGCCGAGCCCGAUAGAUGUUCACGUUUGGUAUCUAGAUUAAGGCAGGGACAGGAUAAAGUUUUAGCUAUAACCAAUUUAAUUAUCGAAGAAUUAUUGGGCGAUGAACGUGAUCAACGUGCAUUUCGUGCCAAAUUUCCCGAAGAAGUUUUGCAAGAAAAUUUAGCCGGCCAAUUGUGGUUUGGUGCUGAAUGUCUUGCCGCUGGUUCAUCCAUUAUGAAUCGUGAGCAAGAGAGUAAAGAAAUGCGUCCCUUAGCCGAAGCUGUAACACGUAGUCUAAAUAAUGUACGCUAUUUGCUACGCGAUCAGUGUUUACGUAAUAAUGUACCGAAUAGCGAGCGUUUGAAUUUGGAUAAAAAUGAUGCUGCCACCGAGCAAUUGUAUGAGAGUUUAAAACGUUUCGAUCGUUUAUUUGCCGAAUUCGAAUGGCGUUAUGUCAGCGCCAUGGUUCAGGUGAAAUCGAAAGAAGAAUAUGAAAUGCAAGAAAUGAUAUGUGUUCUCUGCUCGGAGACUUUACAAAGAGCUUUAAAGCUGGGUCUUUUAGAGCAGGAUAAAGUUGAUGCAUUUGAUCCGGCGUUAAUGUUUUCCAUACCCAGAUUGGCCAUAGUUUCGGGUCUAGUUAUAUAUCCCAAUGGUCCGCUUAACAUGGAUAUGCCAGCCGAACAGUUGUCCGAAAUGUUUCGGCCUUUUAGAGCUAUCUUGCUAAAAGUUCGUGAUUAUUUGAGAAAUCUCAAUGAAACAGAAUUGUAUUAUUUGGAACGUUUAUUGUGUACAAAUGAAGAAAUAAGUUUAAAGGACACUUUAAACUCAAAAGACACUGGCUCUGUAUCUGCCGACAAUAAUAAUACCAAAAGUAGCAAAUAUAGUGAAAAUUCUCCCCAAGAAAAUGUCGAGAAUGCAGGUUCACUCAAAACCAACACUACUACCUCUAAAUUGCAACACAAGUCAUCGUCUACAUCGAUGUCGUCAACAUCGUGCAAAACAUUUAAGACAAAACCCACGAGAAGAGCUGACAGCCCUUCGCCAGCACCGUCCACAACUAGUAGUUCAUCGUCAGAUGAAUGUUCCACCUAUAAUACACCAGUGUCAUCAACACCCUCUUCGCCUAGAUCUUCACAUUCAUUGGUUUCAACAACAUCUGCGGGUAAUGAAAGUAAUGGCACCACCUCUCCCGACAGCUGGAUCGAUGAUGAUGAAGAUGAUGAUGAGGAUGGGGAAAGAGACAAAGAUAAUUUUUUGUCAGCUCAUCAUGAUGACGAUGAUCAUUAUGCCGAUGAUGAUGAUUCUGAUAUUAACGGUGACGAUGAGAGCCAUGAUAAAAGUGAAAACGAUUCCAAUGUUGAGGACGAUGAUGAAGAAGAAACAAAUCAUUUUAAUUUGGAUAACGUGGUAGAAGGUAUUAUGAAUCUUGAAAGUAUGGUAGAUCAGAUUAUUAAUCUGGAAAUGGCUUCGGCUGAUUGUGCCACGGGUUAUUUAAUUUCCAAUACUACAUUGGGUAAUUUAUUACAACCGCAGGAAGUGCCUUUAACCGAUAAUUUUAUAGUCAGUGAUUCCGAUUUGCCUACAAAUGAGGAUUGUAAUGAUAAUAUGGAUGUGGAACUGCCCAGCACUAGCGCUAAGGCCUUAAACACCACCAGCCGACAGGAGCAACAAAAGAUAGAAAAAGAAAAUCACGUUAAUAAUAAUUCUGCCACGUCUAACACCACUUCUAGUUUACGCCUACAAGACUCUGAAGAAAUUUCUAUAUCUCAGCAAAGUUCCAUUAAUAAUCCUUCCUCUACUGCAACAACAACAUCGUCUUCUUGUACUCGAAGAAGACGUUACAGCAUCGAUCCGCAACAACAACAGACCGUUAGUCAAAAUCAGACUCAACAAGUCUGUACAAAAGAUCAUACACGAUCUCAUCGUCAUCAUCAUAGACAUCAUCAUCACCAUCAUCAUCACAAUCAUCAUAUACAUUCAACAAAUAAUCGGAGCAGUUCAAGCCAGCAGCACAACCAAAGUCAUCAUAGACAUCGUGUUCAUCAUGUCCACGCUCAUGGCCACGGUCAUCAUCAUCGUCGUCCUCAUCGUCAUGGUGGCGAUAAGCAAUAUACAAACGGUUGCGACGAAUGUGUUGGUAAUGCCGGUGGCAAUAGUGCAACAAAAGAAGAUUCUACUAUGGAAAAUAGUAAAGCAACGUCUUCAAUUGGUGUUUUGGACAUAGAAACUCCCUCUUCGUCGUCAUCACUGUUAGAAGACAAUAAAUCGACGGUUAGAGCAUCCGGGAGAACGAAAUUUAAAAAUAAGGAAAAUUUACUUCAUCGUUUGUUUGUAUGUAUUGCUGGCGUUGCGGAUCAAUUGCAAACAAACUUUGCUUUUGACUUAAGGCAAAUACUGCGUAGUGUUUUCCUUAUGAAUAUGUCACCGGCUCAAGAAGAGUUAGACAUACCGGAAAAGCCCAAAGAUAAUGAAUUAUUUGAAUUUAGGGCUUCCGAAAAUGAUGUGAUACAAGAAAGUGCGGGGUCAAGUCAAAGUAUUUAUUCAGCCGAAGAGGUUAAUCCCGAGGGUGACAAUCAAUCGAACAGUAGUAAUAGCAGCAAUGGCAGCAGCAACAGUAACACCAGUAGUAGUAGCAAUGAAGGCAAUAGAGCCUAUCGUCAUUCAACGGGUACAGCGAUAACUAGUAAUACUAUAACGAACGAAGAAACGGCUGCAGCAGUAGCUAAUCAACGACAACAAAUCGAACGUAGUCGUAGUUUAGAUAAUCAAGCUUGUCCCACAACGAUUAAUAGUCAACAAAGACAGCAGCAACUACGUCAACAGCAACAUAAUCAUAUAUUUCGUAACCGUUAUAAUUCAACAGGCAGUAAUUCGCCCUCAAUAUCAUCUUCGGAAAAUAGUUCACCCGUUUGUGAACGUUCAACAAAUACAACGAAUCGUAGAGUAUCGGAAUCGAAUGCUAAUAUGACUCAGCAGCAACAACAACAACAGCAACAAUUAAAUUCUCCUUCUCCGGUACAUUUGUCACCACCUGCCUGGAUACCCGAUCAAAAGGCACCACGUUGUAUGUCUUGUAACACUCCAUUCACUGCAUUUAGACGUCGUCAUCACUGCCGUAAUUGUGGUGGUGUAUUUUGUGGUGUUUGCUCUAACAACUCCACACCUUUACCGAAAUAUGGUCUCACUAAAGCGGUACGUGUCUGUCGUUCCUGUUAUGUCCAUGAACUUAGUUCGAAUGCCAUAACUACGACGACUACAUCUGCUCUUAAUCAUCAACAAAACCACCACCACCACAACAAUCACCAUUCUCAGUUAGUUAGUCAAACAACAACAACAAACAACACCAACAACGAACCUCGUUUACGUCGUCCUGUUACCACUACUAGAGCUAUUGAUUAGUAGAGAAAUUUUAUACAAAAACAAACAACAUUUUAUGUGUGUGUGUAUUUUUUUUAUAUAUAUAAAUAUGAUAAAUUUAAAUUCUAAUUAAUAUUUGAUAAUAUUAUUCCUUUCACUUCACUUUUCAUUUGCGUUAUUGCACUAAAGUUUUACGUGUUUUAAGUUUGUCGGCAAUAAAAUUUUAUUAACUUUUUUUAAGUAUAAA